CAGAUGGAUACUGCCACUGUAUCUGUAUCUUCAGUACUGGUUUGUUGCGUGGCGAGUGAAAAAGUGUCUGUUCCGGUGUUCCGUCGGAUAGCUAGAGAUCUGAACUGUGUGUGUGGCUCAUCGUCUGCGAUUUAUAAUUAAAUCACUGUAACAGGACAUCACAAAAACAGGGAGAUAACGAGGAAAAAGUAGAAAAAGCCCCCACCAACAUCCCAGCAUCACUGCAGUGGAAGUGUCCGCUCGGCUGCCAAAAGCAAAAUCACUUUUAUUGACAUUCAUCUUUGUCGCCUGUCGCCCGUCGCCUGUCGCUUGUCGCAGUGUUGGUGUUGGUGUCGGUGUCGGUGCCGCUGUUCGUCGUCGUUGUCCCUAUCGUGGUACCCUUCGCUGUUCCCUUUCCUGUUAUCCUGUGUCCACCCCAGUUCCCGGUAUAUCGUGUGUCGCGUGCUGCAAGUGCGUGGUUUUGCCAAAUCUCCGGAUAAAGCGGUACACACACCGUGCCGUGCGGGAGGAGAGAGCAGAGCAGGAGAGACACGCGUGUUGCGUUUGAUUUUUCGGUUAACGGCACAAAAAUUGGGUCUCGCUAAGAGUCGCACAUACACCACACAUACACGACAAAAAAGAAAAACGAGAAAAUCGGGUACACAUCUCUCGUCUGCCAGGCAGAGGCCAGCAUCCUCGUGGAAUCGGUGGAAUUCUGCUGCUCUUCUGUCGCAUGCAUAUGUAUGUAUUUGUGUGUGUGGGGGGGAAUUGGAAUCGUGUCUAAUGCAUUUGGCCCGCUCUUGGCCACCUCUUGGCCCUUGGCCUAAGCAAUUCAAAAAUAUGUAAAUUAUGUAAAAUUCGAUUGGAAUUUUUGUCAACGAAUAACGCAACAUCAACAGAACAGCCACAUGAACAUCAUUGCCAGCAGCAACAACAGAGAACAGAGAACAGGAAGAAGCAGGGAGAAAUAUAACGCGAAUAGCAGCAACGGAACAGAAUAGGAGGAGGAACAACAAGCCAAAGAAGAGCAACUGUCAUAGCAGAUUUAAGAAUUUAAAAGAAAGGAUACCCCAUGCCCUUGCUCCAGGUCCAGCUCCAACUGCCGAUGUCGAUGUCAGUGGCAGCAGCACACAAAAAGAGGCAGGGCUAACUUUCCUUUCUGCCAGCAAAUUAAAAGAAAAGAACUGAACACAGAACUCAACAGAGCAGAGUAGCAGCAGAGAAGGAUAAAGCAAGCAAGCAAAAUCAAUAAGAUACUGGGAGUCGAGUGGUGGCACACGAAGAGCACAGAGCAGAUCCUUUCUGUGUGGCAAGUGUAGCCAAAGUGCUGAGUAAUGUGGAGUAAUGGAGACCUUUUUGCUGGCGGCGGCAACAUGAUGUGAAACAUGGCAAUCGAAUCAGCCAAAGCCAUUUAGGGUCAUCAAUUGGCAGGGUCGCCGAGGCCACACAAAACGCAGCGGGAGCGGAAGGAAUAUCGUCGAACCGCAGAGGAGAAGGAAGCCAUAUGCACAGCAUGGAUCGAAGGAGCAGCAGCACGACUACGACCACGAUGGGUCUUCCAGUUUGGUGUCUUUUGGUGGUCUGUUUGGUGGCCUGGACGGGGGCCGAUGACUGGUCCUUGAGCUGCGCCUCCAACUGCACCUGCAAGUGGACCAAUGGCAAGAAAUCGGCCAUCUGCAGUUCCCUGCAGCUGACCAGCAUCCCGAGCACCCUCAGCACGGAGCUGCAGGUGCUGGUGCUGAACGACAACCACAUACCGUACUUGAACCGGGAGGAGUUCUCGGCCUUGGGGCUGCUCAAUCUGCAGCGCAUUUACCUGAAGAAGUCCGAGGUGCAGUACAUCCACAAGGAGUCCUUUCGCAGCCUGAAGAUCCUCGUGGAGAUCGAUCUGUCCGACAACAAGCUGGAGAUGCUCGACAAGGACACGUUCAUGGGCAACGACCGCCUGAGGAUCCUGUACCUGAACGGCAAUCCGCUGAAACGCCUGGCCGCCUACCAGUUCCCCAUCCUGCCCCACCUGCGCACCCUGGACAUGCACGACUGCCUCAUCUCGUACAUCGAUCCCAUGUCGUUGGCCAAUCUCAAUCUCCUGGAGUUCCUGAACCUCAAGAACAAUCUGCUGGAGAGCCUCAGCGAGUACGUCUUCCAGCACAUGGCCAACCUGAAGACCCUUUCCCUCGAGGAGAACCCCUGGCAGUGCAACUGCAAGCUACGCAAGUUCCGCUCCUGGUAUGUGGCCAGUCGCCUCAGCUCCGUAAGCCUCGUUUGCAAGGGUCCGCCAGCCCAGAAGGAUCGCACGUGGGACAGCGUCGACGAUGAGCUCUUCGGCUGCCCGCCGCGCGUCGAGAUCUUCAACAACGAGGAGGUGCAGAACAUCGAUAUUGGGAGCAACACGACCUUCAGCUGCCUGGUGUACGGGGAUCCGCUCCCCGAGGUAGCCUGGGAACUGAAUGGCAAGAUCCUGGACAACGACAACGUGCUCUUCGACACGGAGAGCAUCGCCUCCGACAAGCUGUGGAGCAACCUGACCGUCUUCAAUGUGACCAGCCUGGAUGCCGGCACGUAUGCCUGCACGGGGGCCAAUCCCAUCGGCAGCAUGACCCAGAACAUCAGCAUAUACCUCAGCGAGAUAGUGCAGCAUGUGCUCGUGAAGACCCCAGAGACCUUCUGGUACUUCGGCCUCAUCAUGGGCAUCUUCGGCACCGUCUUCCUGUUGAUCGCCAUCUCCUUUGUGGUGUGCCUCUGCAAGCGCACCACCCGCCAGCAUCGACACGCCAACAAGGCGGGUGUCAAGUCCAGCGUCAGCUUCAAUGACCAGGAGAAGAAGCUGCUGGACUCGAGCGUCACUACGACCACAAACGAUCGCGGCGACAGCUAUGGCAUCGACAACAAUCCCAACUCGAUCAGCAUCAACAAGGCGGAGUCGGCAGGCCUGGGCUUCAACCAGAUCGAGAUCCAUGCCGUGGAUAAUCACCGCGGGGGCAUGGGCCAUGGCUCAAUGCUGGUGCACCAGCAGCAGCAGCAUCAGCAGCAGCAGCAACAGCAGCAGCAACAACAGCAGCAUCCGCACCAGCAUAUGCGGCAGCAGCUGAUGACCGUGAAGGAUCCCACAUGCGGCAUGAUCACCGUGCCCACGUCCAUGGCGGGCCACACCCACACCCACACACAUCCCGGCCAGAUCUCCGAGGAGUUCCCCCUUAAUGUGGGCGUCUUUCCACCGCCACCAGAGUUCUGCUCGAACAUUGUGCCGAACCCCGCCUUUGGGGGCAAUAUCUUCAUCCGCGUGUCAGUCACGCAGGACAUGCUCGACGGAGCGGACCUCAACAUGUAUCCGGACUUGCUGAACAUCCCCAAGCGGAUGCAGGACGUGCAGUGCAACAACGAUGGAGGCUCGGGCACGGUGAGUGUGCCCGAGGGCCAAUUUGCCACCCUGCCACGUCACACGACGCGGCGGGGCAUCCUCAAGAAGGAUACCUCGCUGCAGCAGCAUCACCAGCAACAGCAGCAACAUCAACAGCAACAGCAGCAACAGCAAUUGCAGCAAGGUGCCACCACCGGCCUCUAUCCGCACGACGAGAUCGUGACCUACAACCUGGAUGCGAGCGGAUAUGUGGACUCCCAUAGCCACCAGACGACCUACCACUGCGUGGCCGGAGGCCAAAGCAAUGCCAUGGAGCUGCCGCCUCCUCCCCCACCGCCCGCUGUGACGGCUGUGGUGCAGUGCCACCACCCCAACUCCAGUGCCACCAGCAACAUGCCGCCCGUCUCCGCCGCCAGUUGCGCCAGCUGCAUCAACAACGGCCCGCCGCCGUCCGCCUGCCAGACGCCACCCAUCGAAGUGACGCCGCUGCGGCCGCUCUGUGGCAAGAGCGGAGGCGGCGAUAGCUCCGCGUACCCCAAGUACGAUAACAUGGGGCGCCGCAUCACCGCGAGCGGGGGUCUGGGCAACUCCACACUCUCGCUGCCCGAUGAGGAGCAAUACGAGAGUGAGACGCUCUUCAACGAGAACCAGUCCGAGAAGCAGUCCGUCGGGGGAGAGCAGGCCCAGGAUCAUCAUCAGCACCAGACAGAGACCAGCCAAGGACAGGACAAGGACAGAGGGGAGUUUGUGUCCCUAUAGUAUUAUGGAACGCAAGUGUAAAUAGGUCAAUAGAUUCGUGCCCUAGAACCCAGAACCAGAACCAGUCCCAUUUCCAUAAUCCUCAUCCAGAUUCACAUUCAGAAACCCAACUCCUUGGCAAUCGUUUACUUUCAUAUCAGUUUCGAGUCUACACAGAUAAUUUGUAUAGAAACCUACUAUAUAGCAACCGACACAAUCUAUUGACUGCCACAGACCCCCCAAAUGAUCACAAAAUCAAAAACGAAUAUAGCAGAAAACCCUAAUCAAAAUGCGAAACAAUGAGAAUUUGAGAGUUUAUUUCCGAGAACAGAGUUUAUUUCCCCUUUUGAAUUUCACUACAUAGAUACCGUUAUCGUAUAUAUAUACUUCUAUAUACUUAUGUAUCGCAUGUUUACUCCAUUUAGAGAUCUUUCCAUACUGACCCCAUUCCUACCUAGAAACCGAAUAGUUGUACCCAUUCUAUAAUUCUGAAUUCUGUAAAAUAAACGAAAGAUAAAUGUAUGCUAGAGAUUAUAGCGACCAAAACUGAUCUUCAUAAGGUGUAUAGUACGAUUCUAUAGUAUAUAUGUAUCUUGUCAGAUAUAGAUGAAACCAAAGAAAGAUGCAUUUGCUUCUGGGGUGCUAGAGUUUGUUGAAGGAGUACGAGUAUUUUAUUGAAUUACGUUUUAGAGAUCAGACACUGAAUAGGAUUAGAACACCGGAUGGGAAUUCAUCGUAGCAUCCUAGCACUUGCAUAUGCAUACAUAUGUAUAAUAUUAGCAGAUCUAUUAUAACACCCCGAUAUAAACAACUAUCUAUGUACAAUGGAUAUUUGUAUGUAUGAAUGUAUUACAGUCUUUAGUCCCCCCUUAAAAUAGUUCCUUCUUUAUGUACAUAUGUAAAUGUAUUCCUAAAUGCUUAAGGACUUUUAAAUCAAAAAUAAUUUUACACUCCCUACCUACCUACCUACAUAUAUCUAUAAUAUAUAGAUACUGCAUCGAGGCGUGCCAAAAAUGUUUUUUAAAUCAAAUCUACUUUUAGUCUGUUAUCCUAGAUUGCGAUUGUUUCCGGUUCCAGCAGUAACUGUAGGAUUGUUCUUCCGAUAUCAGAGCCAAAAACCUAGUACCUAUGAUUUGUAUUGUUAGCAGUCGUCAUCUAGUCAAUCUACAUAUACAUAUGCAUAUAGUAUAUAUAGUUAAUCCGUUCCUAUCCUAGAAUACCUAUAGAAGGAGUCCUUUUAGUUCUCUCCCUAUCACUGUCCCGCGCUGUAACACACACUUUGUCCUGCAAGUAGACCAAAUCUAAAUAAUAUAUGGCAUACCAUUUACGUAAUAUACAUAUAUAUGUAUAUACGUAUAUAUAUAUAUAUAUAUCUCUGCAUAUGUAUGGAUUUGUGUGUAAUCUAAUUGAAUGUAGAAAGAAACAUGAAAAUUUGAAAAUAAAUAAAAUCGAAAACUAAUUGCUAAAUUCGAGAGGUCGAGGCCAGAGAUACUCUACAGCUAUAUAUCGAUGUGUAUAUCAUAUAUAUAUAUAUACCUAUAUUGGUGUGAGAUUUAUAUAGAGAACACAAGAGAACAAUAGGAGAGAGAGAUGCCGCAUUAUAAGUAUUUUUUGUGUAUGUAGAACGUUUCAAAUUCGAGCUUGAUAAUAUAAAAUGUAAGUUAUAGAAGUCAAUGAUAAGUACAGUACAUGAUAAAUUCCACAUACAUGACCACGCUCGCAGCCACAGCCCCAUCAACCCAUACACCACACCCACACCCACACCCACACCCAUGCUUACACGAUGAAUGCAUUAAGUUGUGUAUCCGUGUAUCCGUGUAUCCAUGUGUGUGUUUGUGGAAUAAUUAAACACAUGAAUGCAAUGAAUUACUACAAUAAUUAUGGGAAAGUAUUCGGGCAAAUAUUUGCACAGCUUCACUUCACCAGGGGGGCUUCCUAGACGGGCUUUCCCCGACCCAAUUAAUUUUUCCUCUGUUGUGUCCAAUAUUUGCUGGCUGGUGAGGGGACUUUUGUUUUUUGAUAUUAUGAACUGAACCGAAAGCAAAUUUGCACAUCGGCACAUAGAGAGCUGCCAGAACAGCAAACAGAACAAACACACAAACUGCCCCACACAUCCUACACGUCCUGCAUCCUACGAUUUAUUCAGAUAUCAUACACCACCUUGCCCUUGCGUACCUCCUUUUUGACAGCGCAAUGUGAAUUUUUUAAUCAAAGUUUUAUUGUUUGGUCCGCUCUAAUAGAUGGCGGAUGGGGAUGGAUCCCGUACUUCCCUGUAGAUUUGUACAUAAAUAGGUAAUUUUAAUUACAUCGUACGCCCCUCUACACCACUCUCCCACGCAGUAAUGACUACCGCAGACAGGGGGCGAUAUUUUAUUCAUUUAAAAUCGUUUUAACUAAUUAAAAAAAAACAAAUGGAAACCGCCAAAAAGCAAGAGCCAAAAGACAAGUGUAAACCGACAGUCAAAUAGAGAGAGUAAUGAGAGAAUGGUGGAGAGCGGAGAGAGCACCUAACAAGAGAAACAUUUAAACUAUGCUUUUAGCUACAUUUCCCAUUUCCCAUCAAUGCACAAACAAACGGCUAUCCCCAGGUUCCACCCGGGCUCCGCCUGUUUCGCCACUCGCUUUUCCGGCGCCGGAUGAUGAUGGAAAUGUAACUAUAAUUUUAAUUACUCUGCGUGAAUGCAAAUGGAAAACACACGCAGAUGCACAGAUUCACAGAUGCAAAAGCAUACUACAUGGCAUACUAUACCAUAUACUAUACACUCAGUAGAGAGCCACGCAUCUGUGUAUCUGCAUCUGACUCUCCGCAUCCGAUUGCAGGCAGCUACUGCGGUGCAUCCAUAGAACAAACCGACCAACAAAAAAACCAGAGUGCGAAUGCCAGGGAAAUAAAAUUAACUUUUUAUGAGUGCUCUGUGCUGCGAAGUGCGGCCCGAAAAUAAAUUAAAUUCAGGAUGAUGAAUAGUAGUAACAAAUUUUGUACGAUACCAUUAAAAAAAAAAAAAAUUAAAAACGAAUCAGCAUAUUGCAUUUAAACUUGAAUUCCAUUGAAAGCCGAAAUUAGUCAAAUUUCAACAAUCCACAGAGCCCCACAGCCAUCCCGUAGCAUUCUCUGGAACUCACAUCCAACACUCGACUAUACCAAAACCCACUUCACUCCUCACUCACUCCCACACACAUUAUAUUAUGACUCAAAACGAUAUAUAGAUACAAAAACAUCCCAACAUCCCGACAUGACACGAAUACAGCUGUUGACGAGGACGGAAUAGUGGGAGGAAGAGGAGGAUUGAGAGUGUGACAGUAGGACAGUGGGUAAAGCAAACAUGACAGUACAGAAACAGAAAACAUAACAGGAUAUGGAAGGACAAACAAAAGAACAUUUAACGAACAAUAUAACCAAAAAUACAUUGUAAUAGCAUUAAUAGAUUGUCAAGCUUUAUUACACACUAUAUUUAAAUAGAUGGAAUAAUAAUAAUAAUACGAGUAACGAGUAAUAACAGUUAUUAUUGCAAAUAAUAAUAAUAAUA